GGAGCCAGCCGCCCCCCCGGAGGAUAUAAAACCCCCGGGUGGGUGGAGGAGCUGCUGUGUACCCGGCUCGGUGUCCCCGGCGCUGUCACCCCGCUGCCUGUCACCUCCCGCCUCCUCCACCAUGGUGACGUCCCCAAGGUCAUGGCGCGUGCUGGUGGCCGUGGCCCUCUGUGCCCUCCUGUGCCUGGGGACGCUGGCGGCCGCCUACCCCCCCAAGCCUGAGAGCCCCGGGGACGACGCCUCCCCCGAGGAGAUGGCCAAGUACUUCUCGGCCCUGCGCCACUACAUCAACCUGGUGACACGGCAGAGGUACGGCAAGCGUGCCAGCCCUGAAACCCUGGUGUCAGAGCUGCUCCUCGGGGCCAGCAGUGACAGGUCACGGUACGACGAUGACUCCGCAUGGUGACCAGCACCACCCCAACCCCCCCGUCCCCCGAAUCCUCCCCGUCCCUCUGUGUCUCCCUAAGGGACCCGGGGCUCAGCCGCAGGGUGGUCCCCAGCACCCGGGGCCAGAGCAGGCCCCCCCCCACCAGGAGGGCUGGGGAACCCCCAGAACCCGGCCCGGGGGUGUCCCACCGGGGGGGGCCCUGACCCCAUCCCCUCCCCACCGCUGUCGGGGGGGUCCCACGUGGGGGCCCUG